UGUCGCGCAGCCGGCAUCCUCCGGGGGGGCGGAACACACCCCCCAGGCCGGGGCACCGCUGGGACCGGCGGGGACCAGCGCCUGCGGCCUUCCCCGCCCCCCGCUGGGGGUGCCGCCGGCCACACUUUCACUUUCGGAAUGGUGACGUAGUUUCCAGGAAACUGGGAGCGGGUAGCGGGGGGCGGAUAAAAGGGGCGGGCGGGUGGCGGCGGCGCCCCGAGCCGAGGUCACCCACCCGUGCCGGGCCCGGCCGCGCACCCCACGGCACCAUGGCAGCGCUGCAGGGCGAGGGGGAGCCCCAGAAGCUGCGGUUCGGACCCUGGCUGGUGAACGCCAUCAGCAGCGGGAGCUACCAGGGGCUGUGCUGGACUGACCCGGGCCGCAGCAUCUUCCGCGUCCCCUGGAAGCACAACGCUAGGAAAGAUGUCACCAGCAGCGACCUGGAGAUCUUCAAGGCCUGGGCAAUGGCGAGUGGGCGAUAUGAGGGGUGCCCCGAGGACCCGGCCAAGUGGAAGACCAACUUCCGCUGUGCCCUGAGGAGCACACGGAUGUUUGUGCUGCUGGAGGACCGCUCCAAGUCUGGUGAUGACCCACACAAAGUUUUUGCCAUUGCCUCAGAUGUCCUCUGUCAUGGCAAGGAGGGAGAUUUCAGCAGCCCUGACCCUGUGGUGGAACAGCAGCCACUGCAUCAGCAGACACAGGCAGAGCUGAACCCCCAAGAUGUGGCUCCAGAAAUCACCCUCACAGGCAGCACCAACCCCGCUCAGCCCCCGACGCUGGAGGGCCUGGAGAUGCUGCAGUGGGUGCUGCAGCAGUGUGACAUCUCUUCCCGCAACCUUGGCUCCCCGACGCCAUCCUGGGCGCCUGCAGAGGAUGCUCCCCACCAAGCCACCUUGCUCCAGCCUCACCCAGACCCCAGCCAAAGCAACUGCCUCCCCUCAGUGGCAUAUCAGCAAUGGGUGCCCACGGUGGAACAGCCCGCCUUGGGCACCUACAGGUCCCCGGACUCCAUGCUGCUGGAGGAGCAAGGGGCCAUGGCACUGCCAUGCCACCCGCCGGAGGUCACAGUCCCCGUGACAUCCCCAGGGGAGGCAAUGCUUUUCGCCUCCACUGCCAGCCCUGCACCACCACCACCAGAGGAUAACACAGAUGCCCUCAUCCGCAUCCUGGACAUCAGCAUCUACUACCGAGGGAAGCUCUUCCACCAGGAGGAGGUGAGGGGCAGCCAGUGCCUGCUGGCAUACCAGCCCUCAGACCCGGCGGUGGCCCUGCGCCCUGGGCGCCUGGUGCGCUUCCCCAGCCCCGCCGAGCUGGCUGAUAGCAAGCAGCGACGCUUCACCGAGGAGCUGCUGGGCAGCGCAGGGCUGCAGCUGGAGCAACGCACCGGUAAGCUCUUUGCCACCCGCCUGAAGAAGUGCAAGGUCUUCUGGGCCCUGUCCCAGCAGCUCGAGGGUGUCGGGCACCCACCACCCGACCCGCUCUGCCGGGACCAGGAAACCCCCAUCUUUGACUUCAGUGAGUUUUGCACAGAGCUGAGGGACUUCCGCAAUGGCCAAAGGAAGCGGUCCCCUGACUUCACCAUCUACCUCUGCUUCGGGCAGUCCUUCUCCAAGGCCAAGCCCAAGGACUCUAAGCUCAUCCUGGUCAAGGUGCGGGGGCCAACACCCACCACUGCCCCACUACUGUCCAGGGAGGGAGAGACUCUUGGGGACCAGGGGAUAGUGGGGGUCUGGGCGCCUGAGGAGGGGGACCCUGGAAGUCUGUGGGAGAUGGGGCUCCGGGUGCCUGAGGAGGGGGACAACUGGGGUCUGGGUGCCCAAGAAGGGGGACCCUCAGGGGCUGGGGGGAAGUGUGGGCUGGGUGCCCAAGGAGGGGGACUCUCAUCAGCCAGGGUGCCUGGGGAGGGGCACCCUUGGGGUACAGGGGAGAUAAGGGCUCAUCACGUUCUGGGGAGGGAGACCCUCAGAGGUCAGGGGAGAUGAGUGUCUGGGUGCGCAAGAAGGGAGACCCUCAGCAUCCAGUGAAGAUGGGGGUUUGGGAGCCCGAGGAGGGAGACCCUCAGGGUCUGGAGCAGAUGGGGAUCUGGGUACCCGAGGAAGGGAUACCUUGGGGGCUGGGCAAGAUGGGGGAACUGAGUGACAGGGGAAGGGGACCCUUGGAGACCAGUAGAGAUGCAGGCACUGGGACCUUCAGGGAUGGGAGCAGGGCUAGGUGCCCAGGGAGGGGAACUCUUGGGGAGUAGGGAAAAUACCAGGGGCAUGUGGCUGGGAGGGAAACCUCAGUGGCCAUGAGUCCAGGGAGGGCCACCCUAGACAGGGGGCAGCUGCCUGGGUCAGGGGACCCUUAGGGGCUGGGCAGGAUGGAGUGGGAGGCAGCUGCCCAGGGAUGGGGACCCUCAGGGGCUGGGGGGAAGUGCCCUGCACCCCUCCUUCCUCCGCUCCAGGAGGACGGGGCCAUGCAGGGCAUUGCAGCCACAUCAGUCAGCUUCCCCUAGCCCUUCCCAUAACCCUGAUGGUUUGCUGCUGCAGCUGGUACCCAAGUUCUGCGAGUAUUGGUAUGAGCAGGUGCUGCGGGAGGGAGCCUCCUCCCUUGACAGUGGCACCGUCAGCCUGCAGCUCUCCGACUCCUUCAGCCUCUUCGAGCUCAUCGAGCAGUGCAACAUGCAGAUAGAC